UCCAUCAUAGCAAAUAACAUCAGAGGUUCAAGCAGCUAGCCCAUGGGAGCUGGAGAUCCUGACGCGACGGAUCUACUUCGAGGCUACCGAAUCAGAGCGCACCGGGAUGCCGAGGUGCCCACCUACGCUGCUGAUAGAGAUGAUGAAUUAGGCAAAGCAGGAGGUGAGAUCCGAAGAUCCGAGACGCAAGGGGAGAUGGGAGUGCAUCCUGGGCAUUCUGCCCACCAACGCGCUACCACCUCCGGAUCCAUGGAUCCCGCAUCUUAUCUGUUGCCGGAGUUGGCUCGUUGUAUGCUUUCAUGUGGCACCCUAGAUGACCCCAAGAGGAGGGGUUGUGCAGUGGUAUUGGAUCCCUCACCUGCGAAUCUGGGUAGGCAAGAGGGGAGUGGUGCACUCAGAUCACUUGAUGUUGCUCCUCCUGGUGGCUAACUUUGGGCAUUACAAGAUUUGGAGGAUGAUGAUGAUUUCACUGAAGAGGAGAUUGAGCAGGAGAACUGUACUCCGUAUCUUGUCACUUUGGGAGAUGCUCUGAUUCGUGCAUAGAAUCAUUCCGGGAAGAAACAGUUGAAGAAGAACAAAGCGAGGAUGGAUGUCAUUACGAGUUGCUUGGGGUGUAAAUAUUCUCAAUCCCUGGGAAAAUUGUUAUCACCGAAUUUCAGGUAUGUGAACACUACGCCAUGUCGCUUGCGUGAUCCUAUUCCAUUUUCGCACUCAAAUUCGAUGGGAGAUUCUAGUUCCUGGUUUCAAAUUGUCCCUGGGAAGCCUGAGGAGGUAGGAGACGACCCUGAGCCCAUAUGGUUGCCUACGGGAUGAGAUGGUCGAGUGCGUUCUCCGACAUCACCAGACUAACCGGAGUGAUGCUCACCACUCGAUCUCUGACACAUAGAGAAGGGGAUUCAUGCAAUGAUAUUUUUUUUGUGGGAGGAAUUUCUUGUCUCAGUUCGCACUUUGGGCCGCACUAGGCCUGACAAAAGGACUAUGGGCUCAAAGCCUGGUGGGGGAAAAGUAGUCUCGGAAUGGCAUGUGGAAGGGAGAUGUGGUAUUUCACCAUCUCUUAACCCUAACUCGCAUCUGAGCUCCUUGUUUUCCCAUCUUUGGUGUUGUUCCUCCUCCCUUUCUAGGGUUCAGGGUAGCUCGAAUGUUGAUAUGGGAGAUGGAUACAGACCCGGGUGUGGGGGUGGAGGUAGAAGUGAUGGAGGUGGAGGUGGAGGAAGAGGGAACACAAAUUUCGACCGCAACUAUCAACAAGGGUAGUUCGAUCAGAACCAACAGUACCAAUCUCGGCCGCCGACAAGCAAUCACCAAGGUACCAACUUCCAGAACAUUGAGUACCCGUGUCGGGACUCCAAUUAUAAUGAGUGGCCUUUGAUGGGGGAAUCCAGGAGCAAGCAAUCAGUACCAACAUAGGCCGCCUUUUCAGAACAAGAAUACCUCAUGCAUCUACUUCUGAUCAGAAACAACAUGUAGCUAAUCCGAUGCAUAUUGUGUCGAGUGGUGUUAAUAACCAAGGAGGGGGAGGUAGUGGUGAUGCGGACAUUCGGUCAAAAAAAGCCAUUUUUGUUGGGGCAGUCUUAUUGGGAGGUUCAGCGGCUCCUAGGGCAUAGGGGGGAAAGAUUCUUGCAGGAGAGAAGAUUAUCUGUCAUAGAUGUGGUGUUAAGGGGCAUAGUUCCAAAGGCUAUGAAGCAAAAGUGAAGUGCGUGGUUUGCAAUAAGGAAACUCAUAUACAUGAUUUCUGUGUCUGGUUACAUCAAAGGAAACAUGUACCUACACUUGUUGGAUUUGGAGGUGAAGGGCUUGGUUGCUUUGUGGCAGUACAUGCAUAGGGAUUGGGUGCAUCAGAGAAAAAUGAGGCAGUUGUCUUGGUUAGGCUAAGGGGUGGGUGUGAUCUUGGUAUAGAUGUUGAUAUGCUUAUCAAGAGCCUGGCUAAGACCUAUCUCUGGAGAUUCGAUUGGAAGGCAAAAAUAGUAUAUGAUGUGGCCUUUUUAGUCAAUUUUCCUUCUGCUGUCAGAAUAAGUGAAGUCGGUGUUUAUGAUUGGGUGCCUUUGAAAGGAGGAAAUGCCAUUAUUAAUGUUAAGUUGUAGAAUGAUGACUCUUUGGUUGUUGGCAGGUUAUCUAAGAAUGGUUUACUCAAGAGGUGGAUACCUUGCAGGGAUCAUGUCCGGUCAGACUUAAGGUUGUUGUAGUGGACCAUCACAAAAUUCCAAGAUGGACCAAGCUCACUACUCCAAGUCUCAUGGUUUACAAAAUUUUCUUUGAAACUGGAGAUGGUUUUGGAUGAGGGAUGGUCUAAAAGUGAAGAUGGGCGGUCACAAGGAUAUGAAGAUUGGGUGGAUUUCCAGCAUAACGAGGAGUCUAGCAGAGACUCAAAAAGAGCUAAAACUAGUAAUGAUGAAGUGGUGUCAAGCCACAUUUGUGCAAGUACAAGAACCAAAAUGGCCUUGGAGCAAAGGGCUACUGACUUAAAAGAACAAGAUGAGGUUGAUCUUCUUUUGUACCGAUCAAAAAACUAUUGUUGUCAAAAAUACUGAGAAGAAUCCUGUUUCUGACUCUGUUUCUGUAAAUGGAGGUGAAAAUUCAGGUAUGUGGAUGCUGAAAAAGUCCAAAUAUCUUAUCAGAUCCAGAAGGAGAAGGUUCCCAAUCUAUGAGCUUGGGGGCUAAGUUGGGAAUUCAACAAGAUGUAAAACAAAUAGAGAUGGUCAGCAAACAAGGGGAUAACAAUAAAACCGAGGAGAUUAGGGGAAAAGGCUUAGUGGCAUGAUUGCAUCCAAAAAUCAAGAUGAUAUACCUAUUCUAGACAGGGUCAUGUCUUUGGCAAGACAUGUCUGGUUUUAGAGGGGGUGGAGUGAAUGCAAACAUCUCUCACUUUGAGGAUGUUGCAAAAAACUAUGUUGCGAAGGAAGAGGAAAAAGAAAUCCUAGUGAUCAAUUUUUUUGUAAGUAAUAAUGCCAAGAGGGCUUGUUUGGAAUUGUAGGGAGACUGGAGAUGCUGAGAAAAGAAAAUUUAAUAAGGAACAAAUUAAAUUGGAUAGUCAGGAUUUUGUGGGUAUACAAGAAACCAUGAAACAAUAAUUUUAACCACUGGAGUUAUUGGUUUUAAGUGGUCAAGACAACUUUGAUUGGACUUUUCUACCUCCAGAGGUAGAUCUGGUGGUAUUUUGGUGGGAAUUAGUAACAACAUUCUAGUUAAGGAUAAUCAUGGAUUUGGGGAUAUUAUGUUAAGUUGAUUGUUUAAAAUGUUGUAGAUGGUUUUUGUUGGGGUCUGGUCAUUGUUUAUGGUGAUGCCCAACCAAUUGGGAAAUCAGUUUUUUUGGUUGACCUGCUGCAUUUGCUAAAAAAACUCCAAUAGACCUUUAUUAAUUGCUGGUGACUUUAACAUGAUAAUGAAAUCUGGUGAUACAAAGAAGCUUGGAGGUUAUAAUAAAAUGGAGUGUUCUUUUCAAUUUAAUAAUCCCCUUAGCGGAAAUGAUGGAAUUAUGUUUAGUUGGUAGAAAGUACACCUGAUCUAAUAAUCAUGAGAACCCCACUUAUGCAUUAUUGGACAAGGUGUGAUUUCUCCAUCAUGGGAGGGGAAAUCCAAUCUAGUUCAUGUCAAUGCUCUGACUGGGGAGUUGCUUGACCACACUACUCUCCUCAUAUCAUCAGGGAAACUUACAGAAAAAACAAUAUGUUUUCAAAUUUGAAAACGUUUGGUUUCAGAGGCCCGCCUUGGAUGAUGUGGUGAGGAAAGUGUGGUAUAAACAUUACCCUGGUUCUUCCUUAAUAGAGAAAUGGCAUGUUAGAUCUAGAGCUCUUAGGAAGGUUCUAAAAGGAUGGAACUGGAAUGUUGAAGUUGUCUAUAGGAGACAUAAGAAAUCUUAUUGAGGAAAUUGAUAUGCCAGAUAAAUUAGAAGAGAUUAGUUGUUUAAAUUCUACUUGCAGACUUCAUAAACAGAACUGUCCAAAUGUUUUGAGAAUUAUUCUUAAAUAAGAAGGAAUAAAGUGGCUGCAAAGAUCUCAUGAAAAGGAAUUGUUCGAAGGAGACACAAAUUCCAAAUACUACCAUGUUAAGGCAAAUGACUGGUAAAAUCCACAUCCUCGCUUCACUUGUGGAUAAUCCUUCGCUGCACUUUUACUUGCUUUGCAUGUUUGUUAGCUUGCUAUCUAGUUUUUUUGCCUAGCAUACCUUGUUUUGUUCUUCCUUGCCAUAUAGGUUGUACUCACCUAGUUGCAUAUCUAGAGAAUCUACUUUAUCUACAUUACCUAAAUUGGAAGAUAAGCUUAAAAUCUACAGUCUCCUAUCACUCCCUCUAGCCGACUUCUCAAUCCUUUCAGGGGCAGACGUAGUUGUGGCCUCACCACUCAUCCCACAUGGUGACAAUCCUAGAGCACCUUGAGGUUGGAGGAGUCGGCAAGGGGCGCGUCCACACCAUGGCGAUUGACUGUAACCGCAAGGGACAUGAGCGAGCCCGUGGAAGAUGCAGUGGGAUCGACACGCCCACUGCACGUCUGUGGUUGUGUGCCUGCCUAUUGAGGAAGGUUGGUGAAGGCGUGACCCCCAGUUCUUUCUGAAGUAAUGCAAGAGAGCACACCGUGUCCAAUUCUGAAGGCGUUGCACUCUCAUGACUGCUCAGAUGUCCGCACAUAGUUGAUGCCAAAAUCGGGUGCACAUAAGAAGAUUAAAAUGAUGCCCAACCAAAUCUAGCUAAGUUUUUCCCGCAUAUUGCAACGAAAUAUAAGCAACGCAAGAAAAAUCUCGGGGACCCAUAUGCAUCCACAACGCUUCCUGAAUAGCAAACAUCUGAUAUUACUACUCGCAAAGAGUCUGCCAGAGACGUAGAUUUUCGUGAGUAUUGACAAAAGCAAUGGAGGAUGUGCCUGCCUAAUUCCAUCAAGUAACAGACUCAUGUGCGUGAAGGUUGAAAGAAUAUGAGUUGAGGGCGAGGGAACGAACUAACCUUUGGCCCGAGCAGCAUCGAUGUAAGCAAGGACACCAAAGCCACCCCCUGGUAGAUGUGCAACGUCUUGGUCCAUAGAGCAGGGAGCCAUGGGCACGUUGUGGCCGGUGUCGAAGAGGACUCGAGAGUCUCGACUGUGGGGGCGUGACGACAUCAACCCUCACCUCCUCACCUGAUGAAGUUGUUGUAGAUGUCGAGCGCCCUUGGUGGAGUGUGGCCGCCACCAUGCGGAGGUCCGCCACACGCUUCUCGAGAUUGAGGCAUCAUGCCACCAAGUCGUCGAUCUUGGAGGACCGACUCUUGACGAGAUUCGUGUUGGAACGCUGAUUGGUGCGCAUCUCGUCGAGGGAUGUGUUGAGCUUCUCGAGGUACUCCUUGGACGAGGGUUCAAUGGCUUUGAUCUGGUUGUGGACUUGGCGAAGACGGCGAGCCUAUACAAAGUGAGCCAGUAGAGGGUGGUGUGUGAUUUCUGAUAGGAUGUUAAGAUACAGAUGUAGGUCCUCGAUAGAACGAUCUCACUGAUGGAUAUAGCUUGGGAAAUAAGGUCUUAAUCGCAAGGAAGAACACGAGAUAUGGAUGAAUAAAAGGCGCAGGUGCCAAAGCCAUGGUCCGCUAGACGCCCUCCUUUCCGUGAUGUAGUGUAUAAGCGACAACGUAGGUGAGCUGGCUACGCAAACCCGCUUGGGCCCUUGGUGCUUUCGAUUUUGUUGAUGGUGACGACUUGGUCAUGGGGUCGGUGGUUCGCGGCCACUGGAUGGUAGGCUGCGUUUGCCAGGGACGCUGACACGGUCCCACGGAUAAAAAAUACUGCAAGUGUUGUGAUUUUUUUUUAAAGAUUUGACCACCUAAGAAGGGAGAUGCUGAAAUUUACACGGAGAUGUCAGUUAGGAGCGUCAAACAGUUGGUAAAUAAAUGAACACUGCUAUGCACACGAUGACUCCACGCACGAUCCACCCACGACAACGUUCCUACACCAUUCGAUUACCUAGUCUGUGUGGCUUGUCAUCCCGUCGGGCACAAAUCGUACGUUAGCAAUCGUGUGCAGGGCACCUCCGUAAACAAAUUUCGAAACGGUUCGCGCACCUGUAGCGCGAUACUUCUGCGUACGCCCGGGUCAUCUCUUGCAUGUCUCACACACCUUUUCGAGUGAUACGGUACUAGAAACUGACCGCGCAGGCGAGUGAGAUGCGGGUUCUCCGUAUGAGACCAGCAAGCAUUGGAGAAGCAGGACAGGAGGCCGGCCCUCUUUUCACACACCGGCAACCCUGGACUUGGCCGUGCCGUGGCAGCAACAACACGGGGAGCUGAUCAACGCGAGGUGGUGCCCGCUGGCACCGUGAAUUCCACUGGAAACGGCGGUGCACGGAAAGGAGCGCGCAUGACAACAGGGAUAACGCUGGAACCCACGCCGCUGCAGCUCCGGAAACGGAAGCCUUUUACGCGCUGCGGCUGGCUGCAUCUGGCGGAGUGCGCGCACUGCAAGCUUCCAAAAAUGAAUUCGAUCGAGCCGGACGAACGCCCAGCUACAAUCGUUGUUUGAAUCGCAGCAGCAUCACGCGGCGGCAGGCCAGCCCACCUUCCUCCUUGUCGCCGCCCGCUUCAUUCACCCCGCUCCCGCCGGUGCGCGCCGCCCCCCUCCAGUUUCCCACCCAACCAAUCUCGGCUCUCCCCCCCUCCCCCGCCCCGGAGGCCAGAUUGCUUCCAUGGACGCCGCCGCCGCCGCCGUCACCACCCUCUCCGCGCUCGCCGUCUUCGCCAGCACGCUCCACCAAGGCGCCGUGCGGAGCGUGCACGGGUACAGGGUCGUCGCGAUGGGAGGGAGGUGCGCGUGGGACCGGUGGGUGGAGCGGGAGUUCGCCUUCUCCCCCACCUCCUGCCGCGAGGUCCCGCUCCCCGCCGCCGCGCCGCGGAUACUCCCGGUCGAGUGGCGCGGCCGCCCGGCGUACCGCGAGGGCCAGGUGCUGGGCGCCUGGCGCUGCGUCCUGGCCUUCGAUUCCAUCGCCGCCGUGCCGCUGCCGCCCACGCCUCCCCCGAUGCUCUGCCCCUUCCGGAACCCGGGGCUGGUGUGCGUGCCUUCGCUGUACAACGACCUGUACAUGGUGUAUCAGUUUCAGAAAUUUCAACAGGCCCCGGAGCUCGUCAAACGUGAUUCGGAUGAGAAAUCGACCCGUUUGGAAGCAGAUGAUAAAACUUCUGAUGUCGAAGUUAAAGAAGAGUCAGGGUCUGAUUCUGAUGAGGAUCCCCAAUCUGGUGAAGAACUUCCAGCACAUGUUGAGAGACGCCGGAGAGCCAAGAAGCAGCACAUAGCUAGCAUCACUCUAGCUGACAUAGCCCCGUACUUCCAUCUUCCAAUCAGAGAAGCAUCCAGGGCUCUGAAGAUCGGAGUCAGCAUACUGAAGCAGAAAUGCAGGCAAUACGGGAUACCCCGCUGGCCUCACAGGAAGAUCAAGUCCCUCGAUUCACUGAUUAGUGAUCUGGAGUUUGUGAUGGACGACACAGAUGGAGAUGUUGUGCAGAAGGAGACUCGCAGGCAGAGGGAGAAGGAGAGGGAGAAGGAGAAGGAGAAGGAGAAGGAGAAGCAGGAGGCGAUCCAAGCGCUGGCUAAGCGGAAGCGGUUGCUGGAGAGCGAGAAGGAGAUCAUCCAGCAGAAGCCUGCCCUGGACCUGAUGGCUGAAACCAAGCUGUUUAGGGAGGACGUUUUCAAGAGGAGAUACAGAGCUAAAAGAUUGCCCGGUCAAUGAUUUCUUUUGCUAUCCUUUCUGAGGCUUGACUCUCAUGUCAUGUGUAAGUGUAACUAGUGCUCAUUCUUUGGACAGCAAGGAGCUGGUGUCUCAGAGUUAUAUUACCAGAGAUGGUCAAAGCUAUCUACCGCCAGUGUCUCAGAGUUAUGCUUGGUGUUGUUUCAGUAAGUGAUAAUAGUAUAAUACUAGUAGAUGAUUACUGGUGCAUCUGUUGCCUCCUGUCUCCUGAUGGUUGGCGCCCUGGCCGUUCCGGCAGACUGAACUAAGUGGAAUUCAGUAUGAACAUUGAGGUGAA